AUGGCCAAAACCGUAGCUAUAGCUGGUGCUGGCGAUGUAGCAAAAUAUGUCGUUGAAGCACUUGAAUCUACUCCACACAAAAUCGUCGUUUUAUCCCGUUCAAAUCGUCCAUGGUUUAGUGGUCGCAAAUCCAUUGAAAUUCGCCUUACAGAUUACACAUUUUCAUCGCUCAAACUUCUGCUAGAAGAUGUCGAUGUUUUGAUCUCCUUGCUUCAUGACAACACUGAUUUUUAUAAUGCAGCACACUUGGCAAUGAUUGAAGCAUGUCAAUCGCCGUCCGUUAAAUGUAAACGAUUUAUUCCAUCUGAAUGUGGUGGUGAUAUUGAAAAAUUCCCAGACUAUCCGCUGUUUUAUGUACCAACACAUGGUGCUAUUCGGAAAGUUCUUAAAGACCAAAAUGACGUUGAAUACACACUAUUUAAUCUCGGAUGGUUUAUGGAUUAUUUUGUUGAGCAACCGGGAAAAUCUUAUAUGAAAAAUAUUCAACCAGUUUGGCCGUUGAAUUUAAAUGCAAAGAAAAUACGGAUUAGGGACUGUGAUGAGCCAGUAACAUUUACGGCUGGUAGAAAUGUUGGUCAGGCAUUGGCGCGUCUCGUUGAUGUACCAAAAUGGGAGGAGUACACAUACGUUGAAGGUGAGACAACAACUUGGAAUGCUGUUGUGGAUAUGGUGCAAAAGAAAAUGCCGGGUGUGAGAUUAGAAAUUGAAAGAAGAAGUUUAGAAGAAAUUGAAGAAUCAAGGAAACAGCAUGAAAACGAUGUAGAUAAGAAACAGUUGUGGUUUGAUUUCAUGGAUCAAUGGAACGGUACGGGUGCAGCAUCGGUACCACUGGAAAAGGCACGGAGACAAAGAGAAAUGUACUUCAAAGGUAUACACUUUUAUAAAAUUGAAGAAUUUAUGCAACUGGGAGAAAAAACUGAUGGAGUUGUAUGA